AGGGCUACAUCACAAGGUAAGGCCUUCUAUCUCAUGUUAAUAUUCUUCAUGUGAGUGUACCACUCUAACGUUAACACUACAUAGGAAAGAUGCCUGAAUACAAAGGGGUCUUAACGACUGAAGACCGUCUCUGGGCGGGAUCUUUUGAUCAUAUCUCCAUUAAAGUAGUGGGGACAGAUGGGGAGAGCAAAAGGAAAACCCUCCCGCAUUUUCUCUCAUACCCUGACUCUGAUUUUGAAAUUGAGGUGGACCGCUCCAUUGGCAAACUGGUACUGAUUGAGCUGCAAAAAAGCUCUGGUAUUCUGCUGCCACAAGACUCCUGGUACCCUGCCAAGGUGGAGCUCAAGUCCCCUGAAGGAAAGACCUUCUACUUCCCCAUCCAUCGCUGGAUCACUGACGAUGAAGUACAUCAGUUCAGAGAGGCCACAGCUUGUUUAGUGGUUGAUGACACCGAUCCUCUUGCGAUCCAUAGCAGAACAGAAGAGUUAAAACUGAGAAAAGAACAGUAUUGCUGGAACAUUUAUUUAGCGGGCCUUCCUCAAUGUAUGAAGAUUGACAAUGUUCAUACUCUGCCUGACGAGGUCCGCUUCUCCUUCACUAAAGAAGUGGAGUUUGGAUUCACCAAUUUACAAGGGCUGAUAGAGCUGAAACUCGACGGACUAGCGGAUUGUAAAGAACAGUGGACGAGCAUUGAUGACAUUGGCAAAGUCUUCCGCCACAAACAAACUGCACUGUCUGAAUACGUUCAGCAGAACUGGAUGAAGGAUUCUCUAUUUGGCUACCAGUUUCUAAACGGUGUCAACCCAAUGGUGAUCCGUCGUUGUUCGGUGUUGCCGGAAAACUUCCCUGUCACCGAUCAAAUGGUGUUCCUCGACGGCGGGAAGAGCCUAGCAGAAGAGAUGCAGAACGGAAACAUAUUCCUGUGUGACUACAAACUCUUGGAUGGAUUGAAAGCCAACGAGGUUAAUGGCAAGCAGCAGUACCUGAUGGCCCCACUUGUCCUGCUCCACAAAACCCCAAAAAAGGAUCAGCUGAUGCCCAUAGCUAUCCAGUUGAAGCAGGAACCAUCAAAGGACAACCCCAUCUUCUUUCCUACCGACUCAGAGUACGACUGGUUGUUGGCCAAGAUGUUUGUCAGAAGUGCAGAUUUCCAGGUCCACCAGCUUAACUCCCACCUCCUCCGUACUCAUCUUCUGGCAGAAGUCUUUUCUGUCUCAAUCCUGCGUAACCUGCCCAUGGUGCAUCCGCUGUACAAGCUCCUGGUUCCAAACACUCGCUACACCCUCCAGAUUAACUUCCUAGCUCGGGAGCUACUCAUAUCUGACGGUGGAUUUUUCAAUAAGUUCACCGCUUCUGGUGGAGAGCCUAUGCAAAAGAUUCUGCAAAAAGCCAAUUCAUCUAUAACCUACACCUCGCUCUGCGUUCGGGAUGACAUCAAGGAGAGAGGGCUGGAGUCUGUGCCCCACUACUACUACAGAGACGAUGCUUUCCAGAUUUGGGACAUCAUCAACAGGUUUGUUCAGGGAGUGCUUGGCUACUACUACAAAGAUGACUCUGAUGUCCAGCGAGACACAGAGCUACAGACCUGGGUUCUGGAGAUCUUUGAACAUGGAUUCCUUUCACGGCCAGAAUCUGGAAUGCCUCAAAGAUUGAACACUGUAGCUGAGCUGGUGAAAUUCAUCACCAUGGUGAUCUUCACCUGUUCUGCCCAGCACGGUGCAGUCAACAACGGCCAGUUUGACUACGGAUCAUGGAUGCCCAACACUCCAGCGACCCUACAGCGCCCCCCGCCGACCACCAAGGGAACUUCAGAUUUAAGCUCCCUCCUGGAAACUCUCCCUGAUGUCAACGCCACCGUUCAUGGCAUGGCUAUCAUGUAUCUGCUCAGCAAGCCGUCCAGUGAUUUUGUGCCCUUUGGCCACUACCCUGAAGAGUAUUUCUCUGAAAUAGUCCCACGCCAGCAGAUGCACCUCUUCAAAGGGGAGCUUGGACUUUUAAAUUCAAAGAUUGAAGCCAGAAACUUGGGUCUGAAGAUCCCGUACACGUUUCUGGACCCAGCGUUAAUGGAGAAUAGCGUAGCCAUCUGAUAGCAUGAGCUAUGGGGGGCAGGAGGGUAUUCCUGCUCUUUCCUACUAUGCAAUAUGAAUAAUUAUUAAGUAUUUUCAAGAAUCAUUUAAUUCUUAAUUUUUUAGAACUGUGAGGAACAUAUCUGAUAAUGUGUGCAAAAUGUUUGUUCCUCUGAAAUUGUUGGUUCCUGCAAAAAUGUAACAUUAGGCAUGUGUAGUACAUUUGAAACACUCAAUUGUGAACGCUUCUUUACUUCUGCUUAUGUAUCUCCUGCACCUUUUUCAAUUUCACUAUGAUGCAUCCCUUUUACAUACAAAACACAAACACAUUCAACAUUUCUUCAGUGGUUCGUUUUAAUUCAUUGAUUCAUUGUUCUCAUGCUCUUCAUACAUGUCAAGACCAUCCACAGGUGUCAUGCCCAGUAAGUACCCUGAUAUAAAGCGUGUCCCAGUUUGCGGGAGUGCGCAUGCAUUCAAGGGGGAGCUAUCAUUACUAUGCUACGAUUUAACUUAACAAAAUUAUAAGACACAUUUGGAUUGUUUGAUUUAUCUUUUUAGUUUUGUACUUUCAUCAACAAGGCAGCGAGGUAACACUUUGCUUAUUGCUCAGAAUCAAUGCUUCUUCUCUAACCUUUGUAUUAUUAAUUGCAAUGAAUUGAGAAUGUUUACUGGAA